AUGACUGGUUAUAUUCAGUUAACUUCCUUCCUUCCUUUAGUUUCUUUGAAUUUUGCUGGCUGCGGACUUCAUACAUUUCCUCCUCUUUUACAUAUCAAUUUCACAUCUCGUACUUCUCUUAAUCUUCAGUGGAACAAUUUCAACUCCACCAUCCCUCUCUGGUUGUCCAAUGCCACUAGCCUUAAGCAACUCCAACUUGAUCAUAACAGCUUUAAUGUUUCAAUUCCUGACAAUCUUGAAAAGUUCACCUCUCCUGCUGUUCAUGAUCUUUCUUCAAACUUUUUUGGAAUUCAACUGCCGAAUUCUUUCUGUAAGUUAACUAGUCUUGUUCACAUGGAUCUCAAUGGCAACAAUUUCCAAGGCACAAUCCCCAAUUGCUUUAAGAACCUGACCUCACUUGCCAUUCUUAAUUUGGAAGCAAAUUAUCUUGAGGGUCCGAUUCCAGAUUCAAUUAGUCAAAUGUGCAGUUUGCAAGUGCUUGAUUUGUCCCUAAACCACUUCAAUUCACCAUUACCAACUCUGAUUAGAGAUCCAUCUGACUGCCUCCUCAAUAGUCUGAAGGAGCUGUGUUUUAUAUCCAAUGCUUCUUUGGUUACUUACCCAGUCAGCUGGAAAUGUACAGGAAUCUGGAGUCUGUCAAACUUAAGGGAGCUGGAUAUUAGUAACAAUAAGUUCAAUGGUAGUGUUCCCUCAAGUAUUGGACAACUUUUAGAGUUGAGUUUGAUAAUCAUUGAUCUAUCAAGCAACCAGUUAUCAGGAAAGAUCCCUUCAUGCUUGGCAAACCUCCAAAACUUGCAUGUGCUUGACCUCUCAAAUAACCGUUUCCAUGGCAAAAUUCCAAAUUCUUUGGGUUUUGUCGAGGGAAUCCAUGCUUUGCACUUGCAGCAGAACAAUCUACACGGAAAGCUUCCAUCAUCCUUUCAGAACCUAAAGAACUUGCGCAUUCUUGAUAUAGGCAAUAAUGGAUUGAAUGACAUCAUCCAUCCAUGGAUAGGAAAUUUGUGGGAUCUGAUGUUUCUCAGGUAUCAUUCAAAUUACUUUCAUGGUACAAUUCCUUUGCAACUCUGUCAACUCAAUAGCCUGAGGAUAUUAAUCCUGUCCAAGAACAAUUUGUCUGGAAGCGUCCCUCAUUGUUUCAACAACGUCACUACUUUGAUCUCAGAGGAUCCACAAAUGAGCUAUUACAUGAAAUUUAUGCUCUAUUUUGAGAGGAGAAUGUUGGAAUCCAUGAAAGGUUGGGAACUCAAGUACUCCAGAUCCUUGCAGUAUCUUAAAACAAUUGAGCUUUCAGAAAAUAGUAUCCCAGGGCAGAUUCCUGAAGAGAUAAUGGAGCUCAUUGGAUUGCAAAAUUUGAACCUUUCUGGAAAUUGUCUCCAAGGACGAAUCCCUGACAGGAUUGGCAACUUGAAACCACUUGAAUCUCUUGAUUUGUCUAGAAAUAAACUUUCAGGUCCAAUACCUCCAAGCUUAUCAGCCUGGAAUUCUUUGAGCUCAGAACCUGUCUUUUAA